AUGAGCAAGGACAUCCAUGCGUCACAUGCAUCAGACUUCGUUAAGCAGACUGGCCACACGCACGUGGACGCGCGAGGCCAGCACAAAACAGAAGACUACCAAAUGUUGAGACUUUGGAAUGGAGAUUCACGUGCCUACAUUAACGUCUGCUGUUGCUGUGAUAUCAUGGCAGUUGUGCUGUGUGAUCUCGUGAUUUUCAGACCAGAGUUGGGUCAGUUGGGUCCGCAGGGUUUUGAGAUUUCUUCAUUAACCGGAAGAGCUGACGAACACGCGCCUGAGACGAACCGUGGUUCACUUCGUUCGUUCUUCACUUCCUAUCCAGGCCCGUUAAAAAUGAACAAGCAGACCGCCGAAUGCCAGCACAUGAUUGUUAAAGUUGAUAUUGAAACAUGUUGUUGUGGAAUGGAAUGA